GCUGAUUCGAUGAAAAUGGCGUAAAUUGGUGUUUUUUCUCUGUGAGGGGGUGCUUUUUGUGUGGAAAUCCCAUUAAAAUUCACUGGUUUUUCGCAAAUAGAAUGGACAGUCAGGCACCUUCUGAUGGUUACUUGUUGGAAGUAAUUGACAACAAUUGGCGCCAAGACGAACUCCCCCACGAUCAGAUUAUUGUUCCAGUUGAGAAUCUUCCGGAUCUCGAGGCGGACAAUGGUGACUCCCAUUUGACGCUGAAGGAACAGGAACAAAAGUGGAAUGAUCUAGCAUUGGGAUCAUUGGCACCUGAAUUGGCGCUCACUGAUCAGAAUAUUGGUGGUAUUUGAGCCACACCCAGUCGUGAAUCUGUGUUUGAAAGUGAGAUACAGGACGUUUGAUAGAGUAAUUUGUGUUAAAAGAUUUAAGAAAAAAAGAAUAUGAAUAGAAAUCUACAUUCCCCGACAAAAUUGACGGAAUUUGCAAGAGAUUGGGAUGAUGAACCGGAGACAUUGCUUUCGAAAUUUGUCACAAAAAUAACCAAUGCCUACAAUGCCAGCUACAAUUCUGUCAAUGUAGUCCCAUCAACUUCAUCUGGAGACUCUCCUCGAAUUGUUCAUCAUCCUACAAUUGUCGAGGAGAGUUUUCAGGGUGCUUCAUCGGGUUCUUCUGUUUUGUCCCGAGAUUCAACACCUAGUGAGGUGACAGAGGCCUCCCAUGUCAGUACUCCCACGGAUUCAAUGUCAAUAGUUGAGAAAUAUGCAGAAGUUGCUGAAGUGCGAACACCCACGAGUAUUAUGCAGAGAAUUAGUAAUUUGGUGGCGUUCGGAAAUCGCGAUUUACAGAGUUAUCGUGAUACAGAAUUACAGAAAUUCUGGAUGCCCGAUUCCAAGUCUAAGGAAUGCUAUGAGUGUAGUUUGAAAUUUUCGGCAUUUCGUCGGAAGCAUCAUU